CCGCCCAUGCAGAGCUGAGAGCCUGGACGGAACUGGGCUCGCUCUCCUGUUGGGAAUGUGAGGCUCUCGGUACGGUCGUGGUCUGCGUUCGUCCGGAUCUUCCGUGGCCGCCGCUACCGCCGCUACCGCCAGCACCAUCUGCCCUCAGGCCGCGCGCGCACGCAGAGGCCCGGCAGCCGGGUCCGAGAGGCGCGCGCACGCCCGCUCGCCCGCGUGGUCGCCGCCCCUCGGAAGCCUCCGGAGCCUCACACGGGUUCGCUACGGAGGGAGGCGGAGGCCUGCGGGAGGAGGCGGAGGAGGAGCGAGGGAAGAUGGCGGCCGUGGAGCUCGAGUGGAUCCCGGAGACGCUCUACAACACCGCCAUCUCCGCUGUCGUGGACAACUACAUCCGCUCGCGCCGCGACAUCCGCUCCUUGCCGGAGAAUAUCCAGUUCGACGUUUACUACAAGCUUUACCAACAGGGACGCUUGUGUCAGCUCGGCAGUGAAUUCUGUGAAUUGGAAGUUUUUGCUAAAGUUUUGAGAGCUUUGGAUAAAAGACAUUUGCUCCACCACUGUUUUCAGGCUCUGAUGGACCAUGGCGUUAAGGUAGCUUCCGUCUUGGCCUACUCCUUCAGUAGACGGUGCUCUUACAUAGCAGAGUCCGACGCUGCAGUAAAGGAGAAGGCCAUCCAGGUUGGCUUUGUCUUAGGUGGCUUUCUUUCUGAUGCAGGCUGGUACAGUGAUGCUGAAAAGGUUUUUCUGUCCUGCCUUCAGUUGUGUACGCUACAUGAUGAGAUGCUCCACUGGUUCCGAGCAGUGGAGUGUUGUGUGAGGUUGCUUCAUGUGCGAAAUGGAAAUUGUAAAUAUCAUCUAGGUGAAGAAACAUUUAAAUUAGCUCAGACAUACAUGGAUAAGCUGUCUAAACAUGGCCAGCAAGCAAAUAGAGCUGCUCUCUACGGAGAACUAUGUGCACUCCUGUUUGCAAAAAGCCACUAUGAUGAGGCAUACAAGUGGUGCGUUGAGGCAAUGAAGGAAAUUACAGCAGGCUUACCAGUCAAAGUUGUGGUGGAUGUUUUAAGACAAGCUUCUAAGGCUUGUGUAGUCAAACGUGAAUUUAAGAAGGCAGAACAGUUAAUUAAACAUGCAGUGUAUUUGGCACGAGAUCAUUUCGGAUCCAAACACCCAAAAUACUCUGACACACUGCUAGAUUAUGGGUUCUACUUACUCAAUGUAGACAAUAUCUGUCAGUCUGUUGCAAUUUACCAGGCAGCCCUCGACAUUCGACAGUCAGUGUUUGGUGGCAAAAAUAUUCAUGUAGCAACAGCUCAUGAAGACCUGGCCUACUCUUCCUACGUUCACCAGUACAGCUCUGGAAAAUUCGACAAUGCACUAUUUCAUGCAGAAAGAGCCAUUGGUAUCAUUACUCACAUCCUACCUGAAGAUCAUCUUCUUCUGGCUUCUUCAAAGAGGGUGAAAGCACUUAUUCUAGAGGAGAUUGCGAUUGACUGUCACAACAAGGAGACGGAGCAGCGGCUGCUUCAGGAGGCACACGACUUGCACUUGUCUUCGCUGCAGCUGGCUAAGAAAGCAUUUGGGGAAUUUAAUGUACAGACUGCAAAGCACUAUGGGAACCUCGGAAGGCUCUAUCAGUCAAUGAGAAAAUUUAAGGAAGCUGAAGAAAUGCACAUAAAAGCAAUUCAGAUUAAGGAGCAGCUCCUUGGCCAAGAAGAUUAUGAAGUGGCCCUUUCAGUGGGACACCUGGCAUCUCUGUAUAAUUAUGACAUGAAUCAGUAUGAAAAUGCUGAGAAACUGUACCUGCGGUCGAUAGCCAUUGGGAAGAAACUGUUUGGUGAAGGCUACAGUGGACUAGAAUAUGAUUACCGGGGCCUCAUUAAACUUUACAACUCCAUUGGGAAUUAUGAGAAAGUGUUCGAGUAUCACAACGUUCUGUCUAACUGGAACCGGUUGCGAGAUCGACAGUAUUCAGUGACCGAUGCCCUUGAAGACGUCAGCAGCAGCCCCCAGUCCACUGAAGAAGUGGUGCAGUCCUUUCUGAUGGCUCAGAAUGUUGAGGGACCAAGCUGCUGAGGGACAGCCUCAGCUAACAAUUACCUUUCCCAGAUUCCGGGGAAUUCAUACUGUGAAAUCAAACCAUGUUGUUUUUAGGGCUGGCAUUUGCAUUGAAACACUGGUCCAGUCCACCCAAGACCCUAUUUCGGGUAGUCCUGUAUUGCAGUUCCUGUAGAAUAAGCAUAUAUUGAGUUAUAUCAGCAUGUGCCGCGUGUAUAAGUAGUCCCACAUUCUCACCCCAGUAGAACAACAGGAAACCGUUUUUUUUUUCUUUUUAAAAAAUAAUUCGUUUUUCAGAAAGUCUGAAAGAAAAAAAAAAAAAGAACCCCUAAAUAAAACUAUUUAAGAGUUUAAAA